CAGCACUGCCGAUGAGGUUACACGUUGACAGUUUUGACAUUCCUUGAUAAAUAAAUUUUACCGGAGUCCUAUUAGAGUACAAAUAGCAAUGAAAGCGUUAAAAUUAGGCCUUCUACUGAUAGCCACAGUUAUUUUGUACAAUGUGGACGCGCAGGGAAAACGACAGGGUUCAACCCUUGCGGAAAGGGUCCAGCAGUUAACAGACAUGACCAAUAAGAGGCCUAUUUUAAGGUUUAAUGCCAACAAAUUCAGGGAAUUUGUUAAAACUGCCCCUAGAAAUUACUCCGUUAUCAUAAUGUUUACUGCGAUGGCUGCUCAAAGGCAGUGCAUGGUUUGUAGGCAGGCCAACGACGAAUUCUCCGCUGUUGCCACAUCUUUCAGAUACUCGCAAGCAUACAGCAACAAAUUAUUCUUUGGGGUUGUUGAUUUUGACGAGGGUUCAGACAUUUUCCAAAUGUUAAAGCUCAAUACGGCCCCAGUUUUUAUGCAUUUCCCCGCCAAAGGCAAACCAAAGGGGCCUGAUACUAUGGAUAUACAAAGGAUUGGUUUUGCUGCCGAAACUAUCUCUAAAUGGAUUGCUGAACGUACUGAUAUUCAGAUUCGCGUAUUCCGUCCACCAAACUACAUGGGAACAUUCGCCUUGAUAAUGUUGAUAGCUUUCGUUGCCGGUAUUUUGUACCUAACGAGGAACAAUUUGGAUUUCUUGUGCAACAAAAAUAUGUGGGGUGUGUGCGCUCUCUUCUUCACCUUAGCAAUGACGUCGGGACAGAUGUGGAACCACAUCAGAGGCCCUCCAUUCAUGCAUAAAAACCAAAACGGGCAGAUAGCCUACAUACACGGUUCAUCGCAGGGCCAGUUUGUUGUUGAAACUUACAUUGUUAUGGUAUUAAAUGCCGCUAUUGUUAUUGGUGUGAUAUUGUUAACUGAAGCAGCCAAAAUCAAAGGAGAUCCAAAGAGGAAGAAGUUUAUGGCCAUUUCCGGAUUAGUUUUACUUUCAGUGUUCUUUUCUUUAUUGUUAUCCGUUUUCAGGACAAAAACACAAGGCUAUCCUUAUAGUUUCCUUUUUAAAUAAAGGCCUCAUAUAUUUAAAUAAAAAAUAUAUGAAAUCACAGGAUUAAAUUAUUAGUGUUUUUCUAAUUGUUGUGAUAUAAAUAAAUUGAUAUAUUGAAAUAAAACAUUCUUAAUUUAA